GAAAGUGUUGACACAACAAAGAAGCAAACAAAAUAGAAAAAUGUUUUUAGAAAAAUUAAAAUAUUUGCUAAUAAUCGUUACCUUAAGCGUUCAUAUUGCUAACACCGUUAAUGUUGAUAAUGAAGAAGAGAAAAACUCCUCAUCAACGCAAUUAGAUAACAUUCACGCACAUCUCGAUAUAAAUUCCACAAAUAUGAGAGAGGGACGAUUAAUACAUUUAACAAGGAAUCCCGGUUUCGCUAUGAGACGCCGAAUGCCAAUUAAAAUUAUACCUCGAGCAGACCACUACCCCAUCGGUGGUAAUCUUAAUCCUGUUAGACGUUAUCCGUUAAGAUUUGUCCAGGGUGUGGGUGGUUCUGGACCUUUACUACGUUAUAGCUAUGAGUCUCCAAAAAGUUCAAAAUAUAUAAGUAACAAGGGGCAGUUCUUAAAUAAUGGUAAGGUCAGCGCCUAUAGGCAUCAACUUCUCUCCCUGCAUCCGAAUUCGCUGGCAGCAAACCCAUCGCAACAAUAUUUGCAAAAUUUUAAAGCGUCGGUGCAAAUCAAUUCUAAAGCGGCUAUACUUGGUCAUGGUAUGCAUGGUCAGCAAGAGAGCUUUGCGAAAUUGAUUAAAUCGCAACAAGCGGCACAAAAUCCAUACUACAUAGAACCUCAACAGCAUCCCAUACCUGAUCAAGAGAAAAUGUUAAAAUAUAAUGAACAACAUGAGAAAUAUUUACAACAGCAGCAACACUUAACCGCCCGAGAUCCAUUGGGUUAUUACAAGCAACAACAGCAGCAACAAGCCCAACAAUACUUCGGACAGACAGAGCAGAACGCCCAAACCACUCCGCCAGCACCAUCGACGCAUACUUAUUCGGUUUACGAGGAUAAUGAUAUGACAGAAUUGCAAAACGUUAAUUAUUUAGCCACAAAUCAAAUCGACCUGGAAAAGGAAGCUCAAGAUUAUUUGAGAUUUAUGAACACAAACGAUUACUUUGUACCACGGAGAGAACCGAACUAUAAACAGUUAGAUGAGGAAAACGAUAAACGUCAAUAUCAACAAGUAAAAAAGCAAAAUCAAGAGCAACAACAACAACAACAGAAACAACAGCAACAACUACGACAACAAACACAACAUUCUUAUGGACAGAAAAAACAAGUUUAUCACUCCUUACAGCAGCAACAACCACAAAAGCAACAACAGCAGCAGCAGCAUCAACAGCAGCAUCAACAACAGCCGCAAACGCAGCAAUCAGCAUUUGUGAAACCCAUAAAAAUAUCAAAUCUAUACUAUCAAGAUGACGCUACCGGUCCAAUUCAAGCUUCUACGGUAGUGAGAACCAGUUAUUCAACCGGCUAUAAGCAAAGCCAGAUAAAGCAGACGGCAGCGACAACAGUUGCCACACCACAAACCCAAGCUGCCCCUAAAAAUGUUCAUAAACAGAUUCGUUACAGUAGUCGAACACCGGAGCCCAUGCGAUUUGAAUUUACAGAACAAGAUGCCAUUAUAAAUGGCGCAACGUACACGCAUGCUCCGAAACAGCAGCUAAAAUAUAAAGCUAUACUAAAAGCAGUUAGCCCAAGAUCCCCCCCAGCAGUAGAAAGUUCUACAACCGCUACUACAUUAAGAACUGGUGGAUAUAAUGAAAUUCCUAGUGAACACACUCAUAAUGACAGCGACGACCCUGAAGAUGAUGAUGACAUGCAAGGAGAAUAUUUGAAUGUAUAUGGUCGCCAACCAUUGGUCGGCAUAACGAGCAGUACGACGGAACAUGCACAAAAUGAUCAGAAGGAUACAGAAGAAUAUUGCGAGCGCAUAUGCGCAAUAGUGGACGACGAACAUGAAGAAAUUGUAUGCGGUUCCGAUGGCUAUAUGUAUACUAGUGAAGCUCAAAUGGAAUGUUAUGCAUCAUGUCUACAUAUCGAUGUUACGAUAUUAAGCAAAGGGUCGUGUACUACAAGAUAGACCAGCUAAAACCAUGAACUUUCGGAAUUUGUU